AUGUCGUCCCCUCUCAACAAGACAAGCAGUAAGCGUAAAAACAAAGAGACACUCAUAGGAUACGCACAAGACGUAUCAGAGGUGAAAAGAAACCGAAGCAAUACCAUGGAUUAUGUAACCAUGAGAAUCGAGACGUCGCCAGUAAAAACGUGCCAAGCAUUACUGUACUCUCCUCAGAAAUGCAAGAUCUUAGUUCACAGCCAACAAAUGAAGACGCCAAUCAAAAUUAAAGAUUACGCAAGAAGAAGCGACGAUAAAAUAGUAAUCAAUGACAUGACAUACGUAGGUCAACUUACAGCUGGCGAGCACUCAUUUCAGUAUACCAGAGGAAAAGCAAAUUGCUACAAACAUAAUCGCCAUACUGAACGAAGGCAAAGAGUGGGACAGAGUUUCCUUAAAAGCGAAAGUAAUUCAAAAAGAAGAUGCCAUCCAAGUCGGAUCGAAGAAGCUUAAGCUGGCCAUCGCCACCUUGGCUGACUCGACUGCUUCGAUCCCUUUAGAUAUAUGGGAAGAACAUAUUCAACGCAUUGAAAUCGGACAUAUCUACCUCAUGUAACCUGUGCAAGUAAGGGUAUGGUCCAACAAAACGAAACUGGGAACCCAAAAGAACACUAACAUUACGCAAAUAAAAGAAGACCAGGGAAUAACCAAUGUAGAAAUACAAACACAAGAAACCACCGAACCACAAGAAACUAUCAGGGUGAGACGCUUCAAGAGAAUUCAAAAGUUCGACGAGUUCAGCAAAUGCCCGGACUGUAGUAGAUGCCUUGCUGGGAUGUGCCAAGACACCGUUAAAUGUGAACAGUGCGGAAACAUGCAAAGCGAUGAAUGUUCAACGGGGAUGACCGGUAAAAUUGUCAUGGAUGAUCAAGACAACAAACUGUCUGUAAAGAUGGGCGACCAAGUUCUUGGCCAACUCGUUGACAAAAUCUUGAAUCAAGACGAACAAACUUUAGCACAAAAGUUGCUUUUUGUUGAAAAUGUUUCUAUCACUUACAACAAAGACACUUUCAUUGUUUCUAAAAUCAAGUAG